ACUUUAAAGCUUUCCUAAUUAAGAAUAAAAACUCUGCAACCCACUUUCGUUAACCCAACUCCAACUCAAAUCAAUCCACCUUCAAAAUUUCUCCUUUUUCAUCAUUACCACACGCUCGCUCUCUCCCUUAUUCUUUGAUUUCUAAGCUUAAACAAACACAUGGCUACUGGAGGCUAUGGAGAUCCCAAUCAAAAGAUAGACUAUGUGUUCAAGGUGGUAUUAAUCGGAGACUCUGCUGUUGGUAAGUCUCAGAUACUUGCCAGGUUUGCAAGAAAUGACUUCAGUUUGGACUCCAAAGCCACUAUUGGAGUUGAGUUUCAAACGCGGACUUUAGUUAUUGAACAUAAGAGCGUUAAGGCUCAGAUCUGGGACACUGCUGGCCAAGAACGAUACAGAGCUGUUACAAGUGCAUAUUACAGAGGUGCUGUUGGGGCAAUGCUGGUUUAUGACAUAACAAGACGCCAGAGCUUUGACCACAUACCCCGUUGGUUGGAAGAGCUGCGAAGCCAUGCUGAUAAGAAUAUUGUCAUCAUUCUGAUAGGAAACAAGAGCGAUCUUGAGGACCAGCGAGCUGUUCCCACAGAGGAUGCCAAAGAAUUUGCAGAGAAGGAAGGACUAUUUUUCUUGGAGACGUCAGCAUUGCAAGCAACUAAUGUUGAGACUGCCUUCAUGACAGUGUUGACUGAGAUUUACAAUAUUGUGAACAAGAAGAAUCUAACAGCAGAAGAAGGCCAAGGCAACAGCAACCCCACAAACCUUGCUGGAAAGAAGAUCCUUAUUCCAGGACCUGCACAGGAAAUCCCAGCCAAGAGCAACAUGUGCUGUAGAACAUGAUGAAAUUGGAUAUUGGUUUCAAAAUGUCAAAUUAUCUGUUCCAUGUAGCUAGCAUCAAUUUUUGGGUGGUGUGAUUUAUUUGUGUUGCAUAUUUUUUUUUGUUUUCAAUGGUGGUUUAGUGAAGCUUGAUGAGUAGAUGAUUAAAAUUCAAUGUUUUUUAAAGCCAUAAAACAGUUUCAAGGGUGAGAUGUAGUUUUACCAAUUCGCUUUAAAUGUGGUUGUUGAUUUCUGUUCCUUAUAAAACAAUUCUCCAACAUUAAAA